CGUUAGUGUUUGAUUGGUCAGCUGUUGCUCUUGGCGUCACUGCGCUGCCAGCUGAUCGGGAGGAGAGAAGCCGGUAUGAGGGGAGUUGAAGCGGAGACUCAGGACGCAGCGAUAUGUGGGCUAGGUUGUGAAAUUUAGGACGUAAGACUAAUGAUGUCGUAUUUAAGUUGAUUGAUUAGAUUGUUAAUGAUUUCUGUAACACUCUGUUGAGUUGUCUUGAGCAGGUUAGGAUGAGGUAUUUUAGCUCAGUCCCGCUUUAGCUCUUUGAUGUCAGGAGUGAUUUGAGGUUAAGGUGUGGCUUUCAGCAAAAGGACGAAUUACUUAAAUUGUAGCAGCGCUUACAAUAAAUUAUUCGAUAUUUAGAGUAAAGCAAUACAUUAAAAGUUGGCAAGAGAGACUGGAAAUGGCAUCGGGACGCGAUACAGGUCAGAAUCGAACUUGAGUUCUCAAUGAGCCAGCCGCUUUUAAAUGUCGUAUGUGCGCUGCCUUGUGCGCCAGAACUGCGACUGAAUUGAAUCAUGAGGGUUUUAACGGUUUUCCCGAGGAUUUGAUAUGCGUGUGUUAAAUCCAGGAAGCGUUCAGUUACACGACGGAUUCUAAAUCGUUCGAUGACCGCUGCAACAUUCGUUGUAACUUUUCGGAAGUGUGUGAACCCACUUCAGAACGAAUGGAAUCUGUUACAUUCCAUUGGAAGAAAUCGCGAGAGCGUUCGGUUCAGAGUUGAGUCGUACAGGGCGUGAGCCGUCCGCUAGUAGACAGUAUGUAGGCAGUAUGAGGGGGAAAAAAGCCAUUGCGAAGAUAAAAGGAUGUUACGCCAAUUUUAUGUGGUAUCUGGAAGUCGAACCGCUUACCAUUAUGACAUACGAAGCAAUCGACGAGAGAAAUCGAGAAUUCUCCAAAGUGAAGUAACGUAAGUAGGUGUUGGACAUUCCUCAUUAAAGAACUUUUCGCUCAAAGGUGUUUGUCGAAAAACUCAAUAUCGCACCGAUACCGAUUUGACGCUAUUUGUUAAGUCAAGAAGCCUACAUUUAAAUAAAUCAGACGGAAGAGCUGAUAAUUAACACUGUAUUAACACGGACAACUGAUAUUAGCCUAACAGUGGGCGUUACACUGCUUCCAGUUACAAUAUAUUAAACUCAAAUCGCCUGACGUAUUUUUUUUUCUAUUUUACUUGCUCGUUUUUCGUAGUUGCAUUAUAUUUAUGCUCAUUUUAGACUUUCGCAAGACGACAGUGAAUAGGUCUUAAAGGGGCAAUUAACCUAAAAUGAAUAUUUAGUCAUCAUUUACCCACCUUGAUAUUACACAACCUUAGUCCCCAUUCACUUUCAUUGAAUAUAUAAAAGAUCCAAUAAAAGUGAAUGGUGACUUGCCCUCCUAUUCCGCCUCAUAUUUUCUCCUGUUGUCACAGAAGAUAAAAAGUUGUACAGGGUUGUAAAAACACGAGUGUUAGUAAAGGACAGUUUUUUUUUUUUUUUUUUUGAGUGAACAGUCACUUUAAUAUAAAGCCUAAUAUCCAUACACGGAGUUUUGUAGUUUAGGGGUCUGUUCAAAAUACGAACUGCAUGAGCAACAGGAGAUUGUGCUAUACGAGAGUUGGAAAAGAUCAAAAUUGUAGUUUUGGGUAGUUGGAUGGUUAUAUGUAAAACAUGGAUUUGGCAACGACACGACACAACGCGUAUACAUCGUCACUGAUUCCUGUGAGGCGAGAGCAUGGCAAAUUCCUCAAGACCCCACCCUGUACGCCUAACAUCUGGCGUGAAGACCCCCGUUCCAUACCAAUAUCAACAGCAUGUCAUUAAAUGGAUGUCUUCUGAAUGACGUCUGACUGCUGAAGGGAAAUGUUUGUUUUGUGAACCCAUUGUCUGGUCUUGCACUUGUGUUCGGUGCUAAAUGAGUUUAUUCCUCAUUCAAGCGUGGCUAGAAAGAUACCGAAAUAUAAUAGAGGAGUUAAAACUCCCUGGACAGUCCGUGCACUGAAUGGAGAAAUCACUAAGGAGGAUGUUUGAUUGCUAUUCAAGGUAUCCGCUGUUCAAAUGCUUCCUCUUAGUUUUUGACAUUUAUUGGCUUUAUUGUAAGGCCUAGUUCAUAUUUUUGCUUCCUCUUUAACAUUGGGCCAUCAUGGAAUUUCAUGAAUAGAUCAGCGUCGACGAACAAACCAUAGCAUGGAACUGCGACAACUGCAUUUGUGGACAUAUGAGGAAAAAUGUCAUAUCAUGGAGACUUUUGGAACCACACCCUUAGCGUUACACAUUUUCACUGUUCUGCUGGCCUCUUUGACAUUUAGAUUUUUUUUUUACACUCUCAUUUGUGGAGAUUCGAGAGUUUUUAAGUGGUUUUUCUGGAUUCUUGGCAUACAUUCCACCAUUGCCUCCGUAAUUGGUGCGGUAUCGUGCCGCACAGACUGUGAGUGGGUUUUUUUUUUCAGAUGAAGCUCGCUGAGACAGUGAUUUGCCUGUUUGGCAGGUUGCUGUAGUUGUCUUGAGUGUGGGAGGGGAGGAUCUCAGAAGAAGGUCUGCUGUUGUCUCAAGGACAGCGGAGCUUCCCGUCUGUGCAGCCGCGCAGUCCUGUGGGACCAAAUGCUGGACACUCAGGCGUUUUUUUUCCACGAGGUUUCAGGAAGCGAUCCUGCAGAGCUACUGUCUACAUUUUCAUCCACAGGAACAUUACGCAGUUAGAUUUCCUUGCAAAACCUUUUCGCUGCGAUGAUUCGGCACUGUCAGAGACUUGUAGAGUUCGAGAGUGAGUUUGCUUCUGCUGUCUAUCCUGAGGGACCUGUAUAAUCUCCCUUUGAUUAAAUGGGCUGCAGGCUUUGUGCUCUACACUGCCGUGUAAGUGACCCAGUUUGGGGUUUUGUGCUAUUGUUCUUCAUUGAAUUUCUGUCCUCGACAUACAAGGCAGCGCACACACAUGAUGCCCCGAACUCUAAAUAACGAGCUCCCUCAUUCUAUACAUGGAAAAACGGGUUUUUGUUUAAAACCUGUUGACUUCACUUGUGGGCUAUUUCUCUGUCUCUUUCUCUCUUUUAAGGCAGCCAAGCUAGUUCACCUCAGCAGUACAGAGUGUGAGCUGGCCCAGCUCUGUGGGAGGGGGGAGUCAGUCCAGAACGGCGUAUCUCAGACAGCAUGGAGGGCCUCUGCAGACAAAAUGGAAUUUAUACCAUAUGUACCAGGCAUCCCAAGAAUGCAUGGCACAGAGACUUGACCAACGGAAAGCACUACAAAAAGCGCAAUGGAAAGGGUGAGAGAGAGAGAGAGGGCCUGCUGCAGGAAUGAACCUAUCCUGCCACACCCUAUUCCCACAUUUUCUGCGGCAUAUUGGGAACAGACUCCGGGAAGCCCACUGGCUGACCUGCAGCAGUUCUUCACUGGCAAGCUUUAUGUCCUUGUGUACCAGCUAAAGCUGCCAGCUGAAGAACUGUUGUGGUUUGCUCUUUCCUGGCACGUCGGCACAGAGAUGGCGAUGCAGAGGUAAUGGCAUCAUUCCAAACAGUCGAUGAGGCCGUCUCAACCAUUCCUGGAGCCGACGGAUCCCAUUUUUGUCGGCCCCUUCAGCAGCCUGCUCACGUGAGCUGUCUGAGCUUGGAUAUUCAUUCAUCUCAGGCAUAAACAAAGGCUACCAUACAGGGUCCAUGCUGACUCAGCCACAUUCCUGGCCCAGUGAGGGUCCCUUGCCCUUAUUUGGGUGUGGAGUGGCAUUCUGUGCUCUCAACCGAGCUGACAGAGGUGGCCAGCUUGCUCUUCAGCUGUAGCAAAUGGUAGACCUGACAUUUAGUCGGUAGACCGAAACAUUGAGUACUACUGAAAGUAGUGUUCUUCUAGAGGUUUUCAUGCAUUCUCGAGACAUGCCCAGGCUUUGACGUGUUUGUGUGUUGAAAGUCGCAGAGAUCCUCCAGGGAACAAAUGAUGAAAGACUGCAGAACGUAACUUUCUCUUUCCCUUUCGAGGCUGUUCUAUGAGCUUGUGCACACUGUACGCAUAUAACCUUGGUCACACACACAGAUCAGUCUAUAUGAACAUCCUCGUCACGUCAACUGACCUUACGCAAGCAGCAAAAACUCCUCAAGGCUGAUUCUUAAGCAUAGGAAACAGGAUAUGAAAAUGCGUCCCUCUAAAUCCUCCCAGCCAGAUGAAAACUGAGAAUAUUCUAGGCAUUUAGCAGAACCAGAUGCCGCGUGCCUUAAAUAUGCUCCUUGUUCCUUUCCCUCCAAACGUGUACAAGAUCCUUCCACUCUCUCCCCAAACUUUGCACAUGUAACAGUACCUAUAGUCCUGACCUCAUCCCAAGGGCUUCUUCAGGUCAGGGGCGAAGAUCGCCUCCGUGAUCCGCUCUAGUCUAAUGUCAAUCUCUCCACAAGUGCAUUAAAAGAUUGUUGAGGGUCGUCGUCUCAGCUGCUCUUAAAGAAGCUCGGCCUGUCUGUGUUUCAGGUGCACUUAGGCCAUAGAUAGUACAGUGCGCUGCUCUCGUUUUAACCCUCUUUAGGGCCAGACGGUAAGGGUUAACACCUACAUUUACAUUAGAUUGCUAUGAAAGUCUAAAUUAACUCUAUUGAAUGAUGUGUUGCUCAAAUAAAAAAUAAAAUGGCUUUGGGGAAGACUUGCCUUGUUUAAUUUUGCUUCAAAUGAAAUUAUUAAUUUUUUGUUGUGGUUCUAAAUUCUAUGAAUGUGAACAUGAUUUCUACAUCUUUUUUAAACUUUAUAUGGUCAAGAUUCAAUUUAGUGUAAUAGGUUACAGUUAAUGUAUUCAGAAAGGUCAUUUUGGAGCCUCUUUCCCACCAUUUAAUAAAGCGGUACUAAUUGAUUUAACUGCAAACUGUGAAACAAAACACUCUUAAAUCUAAAUAUAUUUAUUCAGGGAGUUAUUUAUCAUUCAGUCAUGCCUCUUAAAGCAUUCUUUCACAAAACAGGCCAAAAGGCAAAAUACAUUGCAUGCUAUGAUCUCCCAUAGACUUAACUACUAACUAUAUGUUAAUGCUGUUUAUUUAUUUUUUUUGGUCCAAUAUUUUCUUUGCGGGACAACUUGUGUAUGUGAACAUUGGUCAUUGAGUCUUUUUGUUUAAUUAAGGUUGAGUUUGAAAGGGCCCCACAAGUGUAAAAUAAUCCCAAAUGGCAGAGGUCAUAUCAGGGUAAAGGGUGCUCUGAUCACCCACCAGGGAUCUUCAGCAUACCUUCGACACUUUAGAUAAUGUUUAAACUUUGGGUCGAAAGCACACGUCCUGAACAAUGGGCUGUUUUGCAUUCAGAAGGAAUUUGUAAAGCUGUAUAAUAUUCUUCAAUUUGAACAUUCUUAUAAACGUAUUUAUUCACAAAAAAUCAGCCAUGAUCUGGUUUCUGUACAACGUGUGCAGGCAUAUAUUAUUAGGAUUAUUAUGAUUUUCCGAAAAUAAGGUUUGUCAUGGUAUAAAGUAAAGGAAAUAAAAUUCAUGGAAUUUUGGAUCAAGUCAAGUUGUUCAGUAUGUGCGUUUCAUAAAUGAGGCACUUGAAGUUAUUAUUUUUUUAUUUUUUUGUCAUGCUUUGUUUUUCGCAAAUGCUAAGGAACUGCAUCUGGAACAACUUGUUCAGACUAAUUCAAUUUAAAUUGGAAUGGACACAGGAAUUUAAGAUUCGUUGGUACACCAUGUUUCACACGCCAUUUUCCACACUCAUUCACACAAAAUCUGUUCACGAAACAGAAGUCCAUUUGGGUGGACUGCUGAACCAUUUAUCUCCACAUGGACUGCUUGGACACAAGUGAGAGAGCAGAUCCAGACUUGAUGCAAAGGGGUUUUACAACUCGUCUAAAUUCCCCCCAUCCGCAGGGUUAAAGCUGCUUAACCAGAUUACCUUGAGUUCCAGGCAAGCAGGAGAUCAUUCACCUGACGAAACAUCUGUGUCGUAACACUGUUCCAGCAUCCUGCAAUCCUGCCUGACCUUUGGCAUGUGGCACGCCGGUGCCUUUUUCCUUUUACCGGGUCAAUGUACCACAGUCUGCCUGUUGCACAGCGGGUGUCAUGUAACCCGUCUGACUGGCAAGCGGCACAAUGUGUAAUUCAGUACCGCACAAUGGCCUCAAGAGACUGAGGGUGAUUCAUGGUGACUGUUCGCUUUUAAAACCAGGAAGAGUCACAUGAAAUGUAAGGCUGUCAUUCUCAUGUACAACAUUAACACUACAGGGCUCUAUAUUUUUAUAUCCGCAUCCCACCUGAUCCUUUCAGCUCAUGUCAUUGACACUCACUGCGGGAAUGGCCUUUGCCCCAGAUUUCCAGUGUUUAAAUGUUCCUCGUUUGUUUAAAUCAGUGCUGACGUAUUGUACAUGACCCCUCCUUUACUUCUUGUCAGUGUGCAUUAAAGGGAUAGUUCACCCAAAAACCUUAAUGUAGUUCCAAACCUGUAUGACUUUAAUUUGUCCAUGGAUCACAGCAUAAAUAUUAACCUUCAUCCAUGUAUGUUUUUUGGAAAUCAGUUUUUUGACCUCAUAAUAAAAAUGUUCUAACUACAAAUUCUCCAAUCACUUAGUCUGAAUAACUUACUAUUUUCUAAAAAAGUUGCCUGCAAGCUUACACUCUGAUCUACCUCCAUUUAAUCAAUAAUGAACAGACAGAACCAUGUCCUGCUCUGCAUGUUUUUUUCUUUCUCUGUAAUGUUGCAUUUGGAUGGAUGUCACUAUGGCAGAAAAAAAAAAACUUUAAUUUCAUUGCGACUUUUAACCAAUAAGAACCCUCUAGCUCCCACACUAGCAUGUGUUUUUAUAUAUCAUGUUUCUUUCUCGAAUUAACUUGUUUUUGAGCCCUGUUAAAAAUUGUGCAAAUACAUGCAUAUUUGAUAAAUCUUCACCUUUCUUUUUUUAAAUGGGGACAUUUGUAGGGGCUUCAACUCCUGGUCAAAAACAAGCGGCAUUCAUAGCAGGUCCAUGUUCAGGCCCUGUGUGAUCAGAGCCGCUCCCCACAGUCUGGUGAAUUCAUUAGAUGCUGCUGGAAAAUCCCAUAUGCAGCGUGUCUGAGGGCCGGAUGACUCAGAGCAUAUGUACAGCCACCAAUGUAUGAGUAAGUAACUGGCCUCCUAGUUAAAUGAAGCAGUGUGAUACAUAUAGCAGCAUGCAGCCGAACAGAUCCAGAAAUAGCCUCGGGAGAGACCCUUAUUGGGAAAAUCCUAGAGGGAAAAGGUGAAAAAUUUAGUACAUUUUUGAGCAGUACGUAGGAGGGAUGGAUAGAGAACAGGAAGAACAAAAAUGUAGGGAAAAAGCAGUUCAAAUUCCUUGUGAAUCAUUAAUCAGUCAUCUCUGUGCCUUCGUGCUUAAACCCAGCAGUGACGUCAUCACAGGACCUGUCCAGCAGACGCUGAUUCCCUUCUCUGUUUAAAGGCUUGUUAUGUAAUUCCAUGGAAAGUCUGACCAGGGGAACUACACGGGCUAGACAAUCUCAUUAAAGGGACAUGACGCCUCGGCUUACGUCUACCUCUCCCUCCAUCACAAUUGAGCUUUGAGCCACGCAUUUAUAUCACUCUCAGUCUUUUUUUAUAUCACUUUUACUUCCUGUUGGUCACACUUCUGAUAUAAAGUUGCUUGAAUAUUAAUGACACUGUACAUACAUCAAUUUUAUGUGAUUCUCUGACCUCAUUAUGUGAUUUUCUCUGUCAUGGGGCUGUCAUGUAUCUGAAAGAGAUGAACUGUGAUGCCAAGUGACAAAACGUCAGAUUGUUUUAUAUAUAUAUAUAUUGUAUAGACAAUUACAUUUAAAAUACAAUUGCCUAUAUACAACAAUACUCUUUGAAGUAUCUAGUGGGAUAGUUUAAAUAUCUCAGUCCACCACGUCAUUGACACGCAGAGACAAUAAAUAUAAAGCUGUUCUGCAGCAGUGCGGUUUGAGGAAUGUAUGUAGUUCCUGUUUCCUCGUGAGGAGUACAGUGUGUCCAUGUGAACAGGGUGACAUGACAUCCAACAGCAGCAUGGCAUGGGGCCUAGCGCUAUUGUUUGAUGAAAAAGGAACAGUGGCGUUUCCCACACUGGCUCAUUGUCGCUCUCAGCUGAUCUGUCUCUACGGGCUGAGGCCUGUCAAACCCUGCAUUUAGCUUCCCUGCUGCCCGCAUUCUUGUGAGCGGACUGUUUAGUGGACCUUUUGCUCUGGCUCUCUGCAUGGAGGAAUGUGAUAAUGCAUCCCAGCUUUGGCUUAGCCCUCCGGCCGGCCGCCUCGGUCUCUGGCUUCCCAACACGUGUCUGGCUCUGACUCCCACUCCCACCACCCCCAGAGACCUGCGGGACCCGAGAACGCCACACACUGUGCACUACCCCGAGAGAUCUGCUUCUCCAGCGUCACACUAGCAGCACGUUCAACAGCUGUGUUACUCAUGUGACCAAAUGUCAAAGGCCUGGGAGAGCGGCAUGUGUCGGAGCUCGGCACCAGCAGUGCUACAACACACUCUUUGCGAUCCAGCUGUCGGCCACAUGUGUGUGAUGGGGUCGUUGAGUCCAUACACGGCUCUACAUCAUAUCCUUUCUUUCGGCGUUUCCUGUAGACCACUAUGUUGGGAUUGAACAGAAGGCGGCUGAAGAACCCCAGCUUCGUCCAGAAUGUUCUAGGCUCUUCUGGUUGUGUUUGUAGCGUGAAAAUGCUGAGGAAAGCCCUUCUGUGGAUGAGAAGGUGGGGCUGCUGGGCCUAAUCCUGUUAUCCCAGCCUUCUUAAUCCAGAUCCAGUCAGUCUUUACACCUCUCCAGUCACACAAACACAAACAAUUCCAAUACAUAUUUAUCUGACAUUAUGGAGGACAGCAUGAUGCUGGGUGUUGAAGGGAUCAAGAAACGCAUCUUGCAUGGAGGGACCGGUGAGAAGCCUAAAUUUGUCACAGGAACUAAGGUGAAGUUUCAUUUCCGCACUCAGCUCUGUAAUGAUGAGCGCACCGUGAUAGAUGACAGUAAGAAGGCAGGUAUGCCCAUGGAAGUGGUGAUCGGGAACAUGUUCAAACUGGAUGUUUGGGAAACUCUGCUCAUGUCUAUGCACAUAGGGGAGGUGGCUGAGUUCUGGUGUGAUGUCAUUCACACUGGUAUGUAUCCUAUCGUGGCAAAGAGUCUGCGGCGUAUCGCAGUGGGGAAAGAUCCAGUGGACUGGCACAUUCACACCUGCGGCAUGGCCAACAUGUUUGCCUACCACAGCCUGGGCUAUGAUGAUCUGGAUGAGCUUCAGAAAGAACCACAGCCUCUUUACUUUGUGAUGGAACUUCUGAAGGUACAGCAGCCCAGUGAGUAUGACAGAGAGUCGUGGGCUCUGAAUGAUGACGAGAGAUUGAAAGCGGUACCUGUGCUCCACGGUCAAGGGAACAAGCUCUUCAAACAGGGCCGAUAUGAGGACGCCACACUGAAAUAUAAGGAAGCUGUUAUGUGCAUCAAGAAUGUGCAGACAAAGGAAAAGGCAUGGGAAGCUCCUUGGCUGAGACUGGAGAAGAUGGCCAACACGCUCACUUUAAACUACUGUCAGUGUCUGCUGCACAUGGAGGAGUACUACGAGGUCAUCGAACACACAACUGACAUCAUCAACCAACACCCUGGGGCAAUGAAAGCCUUCUAUCUGCGUGGAAAAGCACACAUGGAGGUGUGGAAUGAAGCUGAGGCCAGAGAUGAUUUCACGAGAGUCCUGGAUCUGGACCCAGGCAUGAAAAAGACAAUCAAGAAAGAGCUUGCCGUUCUCAAAAUGAGAAUGGAGUUAAAAAAUGAGGAGGACAGACUGAUGUACAAGGGCAUGUUCGCAAAAAUGGCGAGAGAGCAAGACUCUCUAGAGCUGGAGAAUCCAGAUCAAGAGAUUUCAGAGCAAACAUCCCCAGAACAAGAAACAACUCAAGAAAAAGAGAGUGCGGAGGCACCGCUAGAGAAAACAGGUGAAGAACAAACAACUUCAACACAAACAUCCCCUGAGCAAAUAACUUCAGCACAAGAAGUUUCACGAGAAGAAACAUCCACUGCGCUAUCAAGUUCUGAUCAUGAGAUACAAUCAACUAAGAAUGUGACUCCAGAACAAACUACCACAGAAGAAGCUACUCCAGAACAAUCAGAAGCAGUGCAAACAUUUCAGGAGCAAUCAGCCUCAUCCCCAGAACAUAAUACUCCAGAGCCAACCCGUCCAGAACAAGCAGACCAGGAUCUUAUAACUUCAGAACAAAUGACUCCAGCUGAAACGACACCAGAAAACACCAGUCAAUAAGUCUUAAUUAUACUUUUUUUUAAAGAGAGGUGCAAUAACGAUGAUGUGGGAUAAAGCUGAACCCUUCCGACUUUUUCCUUCUGACAUUUUUUGUUGCAUUUCUUCAUUUAUUCUACAUUAUGAUGUAAAAUUGAACAUAGUGUGACUAGUUUUGCCAGAUUAUCUAAUAAAAUAGUACGCAAUAA